AAGAAGUUUGUACAGAAUGUUGUAUGGAACCUCCAACUAUCACCUGACCAGACCAGAGUUGGCGUGAUCACAUUUAGUUCUCAGGCACAUGUCAAGUUCCACUUGGACAGAUAUAAGGACAAAUUGAGUUUACAUCGUGCUAUUGGAGCUCUUGAAUAUGAAUAUGGCGACACCUAUACAGGGGCAGCUCUUUCCAUGUUGAGACGUAAGAUGUUCCGCCAUUACAAUGGUGAUCGACCAAAUAUACAGAACAUUGCCAUCCUAAUGACUGAUGGGGAAUCUAACAUAAACACAUUCAGGACAAUUACUGAAGCAAGAAAGGCUAAGAAGCAUGACAUCCACAUCAU